AGGAAGGUUAUUUAUUACGCAAACAUGAAUAUGCCAUCCAUCACAUCGGAUUGAGGUAGCUUAACAUGUCCCAAUUUUAAUGAAUGUAUUCAAAGUCGCACACAACUUAGGACACAGCAAAAAUUUUGUAAUUUAUUCACACACCUUCAAAAAAUCUGAUAUGUUUCCUUCUAAAAUUUUAGUUUUUACCGUAUUAACACUUUUCGCCGGAAUUUCACAAUCUUUAGAGAAUGAAUUGUGCGAGUUUAAGCCUUGGGUAACUCCAGAGGGAGAACUUCUCGACACUCUAACAAAUGUGGUGAAUGUGGAAGCUUGUUGCACCCGCUGCAAUAGGAGUUCGACUUGCACGGCGUACAGUUAUAAUCGAAAUGGUCAAGAUUGUCAACUAUGGAACCAUACCAAUUUUGUGGAGACUCUCAAUCCCCUAGUGACCAGUGGAAUCGUACUUCCGCCCGAUUUUGUGACUGAGAUCGUCUCCUCAACCACAAUACCGGAGGAUCCAUGUCCGAUCGAUAAUACCAAUCCGAACAUGAAGUUCCCGAAUGAAACCGACUGCUCGAGAUAUUCCGUCUGUUUUCUUGGUAGAUUGUACCCAUAUUCGUGCUGGGAGGACUAUGAUUAUUACCACUUGUACGACCACAUAGAAAAACAUUGUCUCCAUUUUACCAUAGCUCAAUGUUUUGAUGGAGCAACUCCGCCCACAAUGCCGUCCAGCACGGCAUUGUCGCCCAUACCAACUACUUCGCCACAAGUGACAACUACAAGGACGCCCACGACAACAACGGGCGCGCCACUUCCCAUCGAAUGUCCACCGGAAGGGAGGAUCAAUAUCCCGUAUCCUGGUGAUUGUACGAAAUAUGUGAUGUGUGUGAAUGGUGACCCAAGUGUCCAAACCUGUCCGAACGGCGAGCAUUUUGACAUUAUAACAGGAACAUGUCGGCACCCAAGCGAAGCGACGUGUUACACACCCAGCACAAAUGUAACCACGGGAACGACGAUGACCACUGCUCGCACCACCGUCACCACCACCACCACCACGACGACUACGAGACCGACAUCGACAAAUCCUCCUCCGAGUACAGGACCCACCGUGACCACGACAACUUUGGGGCCAGGGAUAUGUCCCCCGAACGGGGUUCGAAACAUUUCUCAUCCACAUGACUGCACAAGAUAUAUUUUCUGUGUUUACGGGGACGGAACGGACAAGUGGUGCGAGACAAACUUAUGGUUCGACGUGUUCGUGUUGAUGUGCAUUCCGUCCAGUGAAGCCACUUGCGCCCCUGAUGCAACCCUUGACCCAUUUCCAACGACAAGGCCAACCACACUUGCACCCACGACAAAUGCGGCGACGACAACUACCCGUCCACCUACAACAGUCACCCCUCCACCCACGACAGCCACCUCUGCUCCCACCACGGUGACUCAGCCAGGCACCACACAACCCACGACGAGACCCACCGCUGGCCCACCCGAAGAAUGUCCGGCCAGCGGCCUUGUGAAAAUUCCUCAUCCAACCGACUGUACGAAAUAUAUCAUGUGUAUGAACGGUGAUGGGGCAGAAAUGUCUUGUCCAGGCGGACAAAAGUUUGACAAUCCGACCCGACAAUGCAAACCGGAAGCAGAAGCGGUCUGUUAUAAUGGAUUUUGAUCAAUAAAUUAGACUGGAGAUAUAAAUAAAAUAAUUAGACACCGAAUUAAUAUUUAUUUCACUAUUUUUGUCAAUAGUUAAUAAAAUUCGUAUCGUGCAAAUAAAACCAGGCUUAAAUUCA